GGGGAUUCGAAAGAUUGGCAGUCGAUCUCGCCGAUGAGGCCCCCAAUGACAGCCGAUCAAUAACGGACCGAUUCUGCCAAGGAUCCUCAAUGGCUUCGCAAACUCAUUUUCUGACCGUCUGUCUUGUGCUACACACGAUGCAGACUCGAUGGCGAAUGAACCCGCCUCACCCCCCCACCCCCCAUCCUGGGCACAGGGGGCCUGGCACAGGCCGCACAGCCCACAUGCAUUAGUCUAUUUGUGACCCUCGCCACCGGGCUUCCGACGAGGCACUCUGAAGACACCAAGUUCAGCAAGGCUACUUGCAGUGAGGCAUAGGAGGCAAUCAGGAGAGCCCAACUAACGUAGGUACUCAAAAUUUUGCUUUAACCCAAUGAAGUCAGCUUCUAUUCUACGCGGGUAUUUCCCUCAUUGGGAAUCACACCACGCUUCUCUAUCACGAUGACCUCCGCAGAGUCAACGCCGCUAGCCCUGCUGCCAGAAUUAUGCAGAGGGCCAUCCCCUUACAUCCUAAACAGGACCUUGAUCUCACACGGCAAAUACCAAGGGCUCGGCACCAUCACCUACAUCGACCCCAGAGAUCAGACCAAAACCCAGCGAGAGCGAGACUACAUCUUUCUCCGGCACCAGAACCUACACAACCCCGUGGGGACGCUGAUCCCCAACAUCUACAAGGACAACCAGGACCGGUGGUGCACCAUCCUGGUCCGGCAGUUCCGGCCGCAGUACGAAUCCGACACGAUAGAGUUCCCCGCCGGCUUCAUCGACCGCACCGGGGCCGAGACGGCCGAGCAGGCGGCGAUCAGGGAACUAGAAGAAGAAACAACCAAGACAGGCACCGUCAUCAACACGAGCCCGCCGCUGACCUCGGGUCCCGUGCCCAUUGCGGCUCGGCUGGCGGCCGUCUUUGUGCACGCGCGAGAUAAGGAGGGGGCAGAGGCUGGGAAGCAGCGCUUGGAUAAGGGGGAAUUUGCCGUCGAGCUGCAGGUGCCGCUGCUCGAGCUGGAGAGUCGGCUUCAAGAGCUGCAGAAGCAGGAUGUUGUUAUCGAUCCGCGGGUGUGGAUGUUUGCUAUGGGUAUCCGUUUUACGCUAGAACUGGGUCUCGAGAGGGGUGUGUCCGAGUUGUGAGCCAACUAUUAGGGGUAUCCACAUUCGUGAUACUGGCUUAGAUAAAGUGUUGUAUUAUACCUUGUUAAAUGAUAACUGUGUUGGAAUUCUUCCCUGUUAUGGAACUUC